UUCCUCCAUGCGACCCCUGACCUAAAAUGAGUUUGACACCACUGGUUUACAUGAUGAAUCUGCACCCAGACGUCACGUGCAACAAAAAUAUUGAAAUAUAGCACCGUUUGAUUUUAUAGUAAUUGAUACCCCACGGAAUUCAGUCAGUGCAUUUAAAAAGUACCGAAUCCGGUACACAUCCCUAACUUCAGGUGACGAGCUCACCUGUACUCGCAUGCACGUGCGCGUCAGCGUGCAGGAAGUCCAUUCUUUCCAGCAUACGACACCCUCAAAAACACGCGGCGAUGAAGGCCACAUUGCUGAUAAGCUCCUGAGUGGAGGGCUAAAUGCGGCCGUCAUACGUGAUAAGACGUACUCGAUGAACGACACCCAGACGACAGGUCGUCACGCGCUCAAAGACCCGACUGAGGAACAGAAGGAAGCCUCAUCCAUCUCAGAGCACUGACCUGAGAAGUCAAACGUCUCGUGAAAGAGGAGAUGGAGCCAGCCAUAGAAGGAGAGGAGGCCUCGUCCGCACCUGAUUUAAAAUCAAACACCGAGGAAUUUUCCACGGUGGAGAUGGAGACACAAGAGACCUUCCGAGAGACCUUCCAAGAGACCGUGAGGACCUUCAGCUCUCGCCAAGACGCAUCCGGAGGGACGAAGAAGUGCGAGCCUGACGAGAACGCGGAGGAGGACAACAGGGCGGAGAGCGGAGGACAGGAGGAAGGAGGACAAGAAGAACCAGAAGAAACUAGAGGCCUUGAGGCUUCAGAUGCUGGACAGCCUUUGCUUCCUGAUCCAACCUUCAACAGGAGAUGCAGCCUCCUGGCCAGCGAGGUGAAGUACAAAGAAGACUUUGAGAAGAUGAAGGGUCAGAGUCUCUUUGUUCCCGGGGCAGAACUCAUCCACGCCAGGAACAUCAGCGCCAUCCUGUCUGAGUCCAAGUACAAAGAAGAGGGCAAGAAGGAGGCGUCGCUGUCGCUCUACUCGCUCCUUCCAGAAACGCCGCAGAUCCAACACGCCAGAGAAGUUUCUCAGCUCCAGAGUGAGGUUCGAUACAAAGAAAACAUGAAGACUUCCUCCUCGCUCUACUCGCUGCUGCCAGAGACCACUCAGACCCAAUUUGUCAAAGAGCUGACUGAGAUACUGAGUGAGAACAAGUACAAGGAGGAGGUGAAGAAGGAGAUGAGCAGCACUUUGUACUCUCAGCUUCCUGAAACGUGCGAGAUGCAGCUGGCCAAGAGCGUCCAUGAGUUUCAGAGCGAGAAAAAGUACAAAGAAGAUGGGAAGAGAAAGGCCUCCAUGUCCCUCUACUCCCAACUGGCCGACACUCCUGAGAUCCAACAUGCGCUGGAGAUGUCCCAGCUGCAGAGUGAUGUGAAUUACCGCCCCAAGGUGCUGGUUAAAGGAGCUCCUUUGUCUCUGUACUCUCAGCUUCCUGACACCAAGGAGCUCCAGUUUGCCAGAGAGAUGACUGAGCUGCAGAGUCAGAGCAAGUACCAAGAAGACGGCAGAAGAAGGCUCGGCCAGUCCUUCUACUCUCAGCUUCCGCAGACCAUGGAGACGCAGUUUGCCAAAAAUGUCGCUGAGCUACAGAGCGAGCGCCUCUACAAGGAGGCGGGGCACAAGAGCAAGGCAUUGUACUCGCUUCUGCCGGAGACCCUGGAGACGGCGCACGCCAAGGACGCCCGCGAGCUCGCCAGCGAGGUGACGACCGCUUUUCGUCCCGAGGACAUCACGAGCGACGUCUGA